AUGUUGGGAAUAGCACUCGAUGACAUACUCGUUGAAAUUGGGUCAUUUGGUGGGUUCCAGCUGCGCCAGUUUCUACUCAUGAUUCUACCACUGGUGUUUAACGCAUUCUCCAACCUCUCAUAUGUAUUCACUGCCGCCGACCUAAACUACAGAUGCUACAUUCCAAGUUGCGAGAAUCGCAGCGAUGCUGUGUACAACACGGAAUGGCUCCAUGCUGCAGUACCUUUUGUACACAACCAACCGGCGAAGUGCGAGCGAUAUGAACCGCUCAUGAAUAUCAGCACGGGCCAUAUGCAAUGCCAAGCGCAAGAUUUCAAUAGCUCCGCUAUCACGAACUGCUUUGACUUUGUCUUCCAAGAUAAUGCGUUAACAACGAUUGUGAAUGAAUUUGAUUUAACAUGCGACAAAAACACAUGGAAGAUAACCCUUGUUGGAACAAUCCAUAGUAUAGCUCAGGCCCUAGCUCUUCUAAUAGGCGGCAUAUUUUCGGAUCGAUAUGGUCGCAAAUGGGCAUUGCUAGUCAGCAUUGCGUUAGGUUCCAUCUUGGGGAUCAUACGCUCGUUUUCAGUGAGCUACGAAAUGUUUAUGAUUUUCGAAUUUCUCGAGCCCUUAGUCGGUUCCACCAUGUACACGACAGCCUUCAUCCUUGGCCAGGAAUUAGUGGGACCAAAACAACGUGUGCUGGCAAAAAGCUUAUGUCUAGUUGUAUUCGCUCUAGGAGAAGCUGCCAUGGGAGUCAUUGCUAUGUUCAUUCACAACUGGCGUUUCUAUCUGUUGGCCAUCUUUGUACCAGGUCUCGUUUCGCUCUCAUUCUUGUGGAUUACUGCCGAAAGUAUUCGUUGGUUGCUCUCAAAGGGUCGCCGAGAAGAGGCAAUCGUCAUUCUGCAGCAAGCUGCCAAAAUUAACGGAAGAACUCUAUCAGAAGAAACACAAAAGCAUUUUGCUAAUGACGACCACUAUCAACGUGAACCACUGCAACUCUCAGAAAACGUUUCCUUCGUCGAUCAGUUAUCAGAGGUGUUCAAAUUUAAACGUCUUGUUGUUCGUUUAGCAAUAUGCUCCUUAUGUUGGUUCACGAACGUUAUGGUAUAUUACGGCUUGACAUUGAAUUCAGUCACAUUAGCGGGAGAUAAAAAUGUUAAUUUUAUUCUCAUAACACUUGUCGAAAUACCUGCCGCACUGAGCAUGAAUUUCAUUAUGAACCGAUUUCCUCGACGAAUGACACAAUUCGUGUCAUUGGCAAUAUGUGGAGUCAUGUGUCUGGUAACAUUGGCCAUCCCGGAAGAUGAAGGAUGGCUUCACACGACAAUGUUUCUCAUCAGUAAAAUGACAAUUUCCUUUUCGUUCGGAGUGUUAUACAUUUACACUGCCGAGAUUUUCCCCACAAACCUUCGUCAAAGCUUACUCUCCAUGUGUUCCAUGAUCGGUCGCCUUGGUUCUAUAGUGGCGCCUCAAAUGCCACUUCUAGCUAAGCUUUGGAAACCGCUGCCAAUGACACUGUUUGGCUCUAUUGCACUGUUUUCGGCAUUCACAAUUUUAGAAUUUCCAGAGACUGGCAAUGUUCGAUUACCAAAUACGGCUAGUGAAGCGGAAAAUCUCAAGCAAGAUAGUUUAGAUUCGGACCGUUUAGACACCUAA